GCGGCUACCCUGCCCGCCUGCGGCCACCCGGCUCCGGCGGCCUCGGCACGCGUGGGGCUAGAGGUGCGGGAGCCGCUCUCUGCCGGUGGGUCCCCCGCACCGCUGAACCCGGGCCGCCGGCGCUGCGGCCCCGAGGGCUCUGCGAGCCCCCGCUCCCCGCCGGGCCGCUCCGAGCAACGGUGCUCCUGGGCUCCAAACUCGGGCUGCCGGGGCAAGUGUCUUCAUGAACCCAGAGGAUGUCCGGGAAGCACUACAAGGGUCCUGAAGUCAGUUGUUGCAUCAAAUAUUUCAUAUUUGGCUUCAAUGUCAUAUUUUGGUUUUUGGGAAUAGCAUUUCUUGGAAUUGGACUGUGGGCAUGGAAUGAAAAAGGCGUUCUGUCCAACAUCUCUUCCAUCACCGACCUCGGCGGCUUUGACCCAGUUUGGCUCUUCCUUGUGGUGGGAGGAGUGAUGUUCAUUUUGGGAUUCGCAGGGUGCAUUGGAGCUCUACGGGAAAACACUUUCCUUCUCAAGUUUUUUUCUGUGUUCCUGGGAAUUAUUUUCUUCCUGGAGCUCACUGCUGGGGUCCUGGCGUUUGUUUUCAAAGACUGGAUCAAAGACCAGCUGUAUUUCUUUAUAAACAACAACAUCAGAGCGUACAGGGAUGAUAUUGAUUUGCAAAACCUCAUAGACUUCACCCAGGAAUAUUGGCAGUGCUGUGGGGCUUUUGGAGCUGAUGAUUGGAACCUAAAUAUUUACUUCAAUUGCACAGAUUCCAACGCAAGUCGAGAGCGAUGCGGCGUGCCGUUCUCCUGCUGUACUAAAGAUCCUGCAGAAGAUGUAAUCAACACUCAGUGUGGCUAUGAUGCCAGGCAAAAGCCAAUUUUUGGGAUAUGCCUGGCCCAGAAUUUGGUUAGUGACAUUGAAGCUGUCAGGGCUAGCUGGUAAAGCCCCUGCAACAGCUGCUGCAAGACACUGGACAGACCCUUGCCUUCCUGCUCGUCCAGCAUGCUGAGCUGACAUCCAAGCUGCAGGGACCCUGGUCACAGAGGCAUCCUGCCAUCCCACCUGGCUGAGCUGCAAAGAACUUGUGUUUUUUUUGUUUGUUUGUUUUUUGUUUUGGGGGGGAGGGGGGAUAAAACUGGGAAAUGCUGCUGCUCACUGACGAAUUUAAAAAGAAAAAUAACCAUUAUGAAAGUCAUUGCACCGUGAAUCUACUGUAGCCAUGGAUUUAUGGAACGUUGGAAACUUACCCAAAAAAAAAGGGUGGGGGACGCUGAUGUGCUUACAUGGAAACAGAAUACCCUUGGAUUUGUAGGAAAUACCAUGUUCUCUACCUGUGCAAUUGGAGGGCUGACAGAAGUCACAACUUGAAGGGACUGGCUUCUGUGCCGCAGCCUGAGGAAGUACAUCUUUUCUAAAACUCAGUCUCUUAACUGGGAGCGUGUUUGGGGACCUCCCUCCACAAUGUGAUUCAAGCAGCUGUUACAACUGUCAUCCCAAGAAGAAACCAGCUUGUCUUUGAGUUCAUAUUUUGAGGUAAUCGCAUUGAAUAAGUAACUUGUAAAGGGCACACUUGGUCUACUCUGGAGUGUCUCCUUGUAAGGGACGUUGUGUAUUCCAUGUGCACUGAGCCAGGGUGUUGAAACACUUCCUCAUGCUGUAUUUUAGCAGGACCUUUUUCUAAGCAGACCUGAGCUUUAUCAAUGAAAUGCAAGGAGAAAAAAAAUGAGGUAUUAGCCAACCCCCUUCUUACCCCCCCAACUGGUUGUCGGAUUCUUUGGAAACUCUGGAAUACUCUGUGUUGGGGUUUUUGUUUCUUGUAGGUUUUGUUUUGUCUCCCAAAGGUGAAAGCUAUGAUUCAGUUUCUCUUAUAUUUUAAAAUGUUCUCGUACUCAGCUCGACUGUUUUUCUUUUGUGUAAUCCUACCUGCAUGCCCUGUGAAUCAAUCCACCAUCUCCCUUUCCUGCCAUCCUUCCUACGAACAUUUGAAAAUGUUUUUGGUCAGCAUUUAUUUCCUGGGCUCAUGGCCUUUAUGCGGUCGUGGCAGGAAGAGACCAGCUGUGCCAUUGCAAAUGCUUCCAUGGACUCAGCAGACUUGUUACAGGGUUGAGCCUCGUGGCCUCCUGCACCCUCUCCCUCUUUCUCUUUGAAUGGAACUAAA